GGACGAGUGACUAGCGCGGGCGGCGCGUGGCGCGGCGCAGAAGGAAGGCGGCUACCCUGGACAGCGCAUCGCGGCCGCGCGGCCAUGGAGCAGCUGAAGGCCUUUGAUAAUGAAGUCAAUGCUUUCUUGGAUAAUAUGUUUGGACCUCGAGAUUCUCGAGUUCGAGGGUGGUUCCUGCUGGACUCUUACCUUCCCACCUUCAUCCUCACCAUCGUGUAUCUGCUCUCAAUAUGGCUGGGCAACAAGUACAUGAAGAACAGGCCCGCUCUUUCUCUCAGGGGAAUCCUCACCUUGUAUAACCUCGGAAUCACACUGCUUUCUGCAUAUAUGCUGGUGGAGCUCAUCCUCUCUAGCUGGGAAGGAGGCUACAACUUGCAGUGUCAGAAUCUCGACAGUGCAGGAGAAGGGGAUAUCCGGGUAGCCAAGGUCUUGUGGUGGUACUACUUUUCUAAACUAGUGGAGUUCCUGGACACGAUUUUCUUUGUUCUUCGAAAAAAGACCAAUCAGAUCACCUUUCUUCAUGUAUAUCACCAUGCCUCCAUGUUUAACAUCUGGUGGUGUGUUUUGAACUGGAUACCUUGUGGUCAAAGCUUCUUUGGACCAACCCUGAACAGUUUCAUCCACAUUCUCAUGUACUCCUACUAUGGACUGUCUGUGUUCCCGUCCAUGCACAAGUACCUCUGGUGGAAGAAGUACCUCACACAGGCUCAGCUGGUGCAGUUUGUGCUCACCAUAACACACACGCUGAGUGCUGUGGUGAAGCCCUGCGGCUUCCCCUUUGGCUGUCUCAUCUUCCAGUCUUCCUAUAUGAUGACACUGGUCAUCCUGUUCUUAAACUUCUAUAUUCAGACAUACCGAAAAAAGCCAGCAAAGAAAGAGCUACAAGAGCAACCUGCAGGGAAAGAAGUGAAGAACGGUUUCCCCAAAGCCCACUUCAUUGCGGCUAAUGGCAUGACGGACAAGAAGGCGCAAUAAAAUGAAGUGCGGGGAAACAAACUGAGGUGGCGGUGGAGGUGAACAGAUGAGCUUGUUUUAAAGCAGAGACUGAAUUGAAAGUUGUAUGUUUUAGCAUAAACUAAUUCCUUUUGAGUUUGUAAAUCAUUUGUACCCAGAAUGUAUUAUAAUAUAUUGCUAUUAGGUUACCCUAUUAACUGGAGCGAUGCCGACCUCUACAAACCUCAGAACAGGUGCACGGCCCCCUCUCCUGAGCUCUUCGUAAUGCCUUAUUCAUGUGGAAAACCAGGAGACUCGGGCUUUGUGUUUCGUGGCAAGUCUUCGGAGUUAAUUUUCUUUAGAUUAAAUGUGUAAAAAUGUUAAUUGUAUUGUAAAUGUCAGGGUCUGUUCUAGUCUAUGUCAAGCAAUAACUGUCAGUGCAUAAAUCGAUUGGUCCACUGUUGCUUAAGGCAGCAGCCCCAGGAGCGUUUAAAUGGGAUCCUUAGGAAGACAGAACCCAGAAAAACCCCUUCCUCUCUUAAGCCAGUAGUCUCAUCUGCUAAAAAACACCUCUGAUUUUAAACUUAGUGACAUGGUAAUGAAAUUCGGUAAUCUUCAACAUAAUAUGAAGAUAGUCAUUCUGUGAAGGCACAGCUUCUUGAGCUGGGUGUGGUGGCACUCGUCUGUGAGUCCAGCACUUGGGUAUCAAGACAGCUGGGAUACACAGGCACAAGACUCUGUCUUGACCAGAAAAAAAAAUUGUUUGCCAAAUCAUAACUCAGGGGCUUUGGAUAGAGCCAUCUCUCAGUUUCAAUUGACUUCCUUAGUCAUCCAUUCCUGUCUGCCUCCUUUGUUAGUCUGGAUUCAUGGAGUUACGUUCCCCACAUCCAAAGCCAGUGUCUACAUACAGCUGCCAUGCCCUUUCUGAGCAAAGGCUGGAGUCCAAUUGCAGUUCCUCUUGGCACAGAAGUGCAACCGGAAUACUUAUAAGUCAUAAUCAACAGAGACACAGGGGCAAUAGACAUCCUAUUUGUGAGCUGUAGCUGCUGAGCCUGCUCGUGAACAUUAGUGCAAGUAGUUGCUAUCAACCUUCAUGAAUUAAAUUUAAGUUUCAGAAAGCAGAAAAGGAUACAGUAGUCAUUUAGAAAGAUCCUGUGGGCUGGCCAUAAGACAUAAUGAUGUGUCUGGCCCAAGCAGCAAAUGCUCCCCCUGCUUAGACCUGUGGCCUCUGUGGAGAAGCUAGUACAGAGGCAGACCAAGGCACUGGACCACUUCUGUUCCCUCAAACUGAUGGAUCACCACCAUUAAACUAUACCAAAUGUAAAAAAGUGCAUUUUCCAAAAAUGUACACAAAACACAACUUUCUCUGUUUUCCCUCCAUUUUAGCAAAUAUGUUCUUGGUUCAUGGUACUGGCAUCGAGCGCACGGGCACCAGGUAGGCUUUCCUCGAGUGCCAACAGUGGGGCCUGCCCACCACUGUCUUCUUAUUCUCUUUCUGGGCAAGCUCCCAUUUUAACUUUUCCCUGUUAAGAAUUGCACUGACGUUUUUAAACUCGUAAGUAUACCGCCCUUCUCACUGGUGUAUUUUGAAAACCACCACAGUCCGAUGUCCUGUGCCAUCUCUGUCAUUCCUGUUGAACAGACUCUUCCUGUCUGGUGACCACCUAUACUUCAAUGCGUUUUCUAAACAAUUUUCUCAAAUUGAUCUGCUCCCAGGUGCUUUAUUACCACCACAUCUCUGGUGACUUAGACUCAAGUUGGUGUAUUAUUCUUUCCCAAGAAUUCAUUUUCAGGUUUCGCUUUGAGUAUGUUAUUGUGCUUCUAUGACAAUACCAAAGGAACAAACUCCUUAGUGAAUCUGGAGUUCAGCUUUAGUUUUCGAACACCAUCUGAAAUCUGUUACUAAAAUGAAUUCUGGGUAAAAAUGAGACUCAGGCGGCAUCACUGGUCAUUGCAUCAGAUUAUUCUUGCUUGCCAGUGAGAGGCAACUGAAGUCUUGCUGUGCAGCAUACCUUCAGUUUAGGGUGUUUUCAUGACCUCACAUCUGUGUAGCACAAAGGAUGCUGCCUUCCUAUGGAAGAUCAACAAUGGCAGCUCAAAGUACCAGCCAGCUUUAGACCUCCCAGAGCAAAGCUCAGUGCAGCACUAAGCCUUAAACCACCCAAGGGCUGACAAACCAUGCAGAGCUAUGAAAUCUGUACUGAGAAAAUGCAAUCUGGAAAGAUUUUAACCCAUUCACUCUUAGUGUGAAUUUUCUAAAAUAGAAGUAUAAAAAAUUUGUCUCUAUAAUCUGAUAAAAAAAAAAAACCCUGUGUUUUCCCAAGUAAAUUCCCUUUUAUUCAUGAGAACAAAAGUACUUGAAUACUAUAAAAUCUAAAUUUCCCCAACUUUUAAAAUAAAAUGGAAUAUUUGCUGAAUGAAUUAAGCAUAGAAAAUGUCAACCCAUCAGAAUUAUAUUUAUACAUAUUGGUGGAUAAGUUCCUGUCUUCCCACAUCAGAGAAUUAUUAUUUUUUUUUUUUUUACCAAAAUGGGCAGAAUAGCAUUUUGUAUGUUAGAGACCAUUCUUUUCUAGUCCUUCUGAAACAUUCCUGUGUCAUUUAAGAAUGUUAGUAGAGGUCGCUUCUUUGGAAAUUGAGGACUUUUUGUUUUCCUUUGAAAGUAUGGCAUCUGAAGAACACAGUAUCAUGACUCGGGUGGAAAGGGAGGCAGAAGCCAUUUUUCUUUUAGAUGAAAAGCAUUCUGUGUGAUUGUUGUAUAAUAAAUUGAUUUUUACACUAAAA